AUGCAUCUCGUUCAAUUUUUCUUCUCUUGGAAUCGAUCAUUUAUUCGCACUGAAAAAGCUUAUUUGCGUUUCUUUACAAAUUACUUAUCUUUCUCUCUCUCUCUUCCUUCUUCACUUUCUUUCCUUCUUUCUGUCUUUAACUUUUUCUUUCUUUCUUUCUCCCUUCCUUCCCUUCUUUCUUUCAUGCUGUAUUUAUCUAUUUCUUUCUUUCUUUCUUUCUGUGUUUAUUUCCUUUUUUCUUCCUUUCUUUCUUUCUUCCUUUCUUUCUUUCUUUCUUUUCUUUCUUUCUUUCUUUCUUUCUUUCUUUUUCUUUCUUUCUUUCUCUAUUCCUUCCUCCCAUUCUUUCUUUCUUUUUUCUUUCUGUCAUUAUCUGUUUCUUUCUUUCUCUUUUUCUUUCUCUGUUUCUUGCUCUGUUUGUUUGUUUCUUUCUUUCUUUCUGUCAUUAUCUCUUUCUUUCUUUCUUUCUCUUUUUCUUUCUCUUUUUCUUGCUCUUUUUGUUUGUUUGUUUCUUUCUUUCUUUCUUUCUUUCUCUCAUUAUCUGUUUCUUUUUUCUGUUUUUCUUUCUGUUUCUUGCUCUUCAGUCUUUAUAUUGCUCUGUCUUUCUUUCUUUCUUUCUUUCUUUCUUUCUUUCUUUCUUUCAUAAUUUCUUUUUUCUCUAUCUAUAUUUCUUCCUCAAUUCAUUUUAUGUCUUUCUUUCGUGCUUCUUUCUUUCUUCCUUUUUUCUUUGUUUCUUUUCUGCUUUCUUUCUUUCGUUCUUUCUUUCUUCAUGAAGUAUUUUCUUCCUUUUUUUAUAUAUGUUCGUUCUUUUUUCAUUUUCCUUUGCAAUUCUCCCAUUCUUUUUUCUUUCUUUCGUUGUUCAUUUUAUUGUUUAUCAAUCUUUUUCGUUCGUUUUUAGUUUUUAUUUUAAAUAAUUUCUUCUUUCUUUCUUUCUUUCUUUCUUUUCUUUCUUUCUUUCUUUCUUUCUUUUCCUGUCUCUCUUUUACAUUACAUGUCUUUGUUUCUCUUUAUUUUUCCAUCGUAAAAAUGAUUUAUUUGAUUUCUUGUCAAGAAAAUGUUUUUUAUCUUUAUUUUCUUCAUCUUUUUCUUUAUUAUUUCAUUUCUUUUGAUUUCAUUCUUUUUCCGUUUAUUUUUUUUUUCUUCUUACACUUAUUUAUUUUUAUUUUAUUUUAUUUUAUGUUUGGUUUUCUUUACACGUUUCCCUUCACACUUUCUUUAUUUUUUCUUCCUUUCUUUCUCCCUUUCUUUCUUUCUUUCUUUCUUUCUUCCUUUCUUUCUUACACUUUUUCCUUUCAUUCUUCCUUUCUUUCAUUCUUUACAAUUUUCCCUUCAUUCAUUUUCUUUCUUUCUUUACACUUUUUAGUUCUUGCAUUAUUUAUUUAUAUUUUUCUCUUCAUGCUUUCUUUCUUUACACUUUUUCCUUCCUUCUUUUUUCUUUCUUUCUUUCGUUAUUUCUUUCAUUCUUCUUUUACACUUUCCCUUCAUUCUUUCUCUUUUUACACUUCCCUUCUUUCUUUCCUUUUUCUUUCUUUCUGUCUUUAUUUACACUUUUUCCUUCCUUCAUUUAUUUUUGUUUGUUUGUUUCUUUAUUUCUUUCAUUUUCUUCUUUCUUUCUUUCUUUCUUUCUUUCUUUCUUUCAUUCUUUCUUUCUUUACAGUUAUUCCUUUCAUUCUUCCUUUACACAUUAAUUUCUUUAUAUCAUUCUUUCUUACGUUCUUUCUUUUCAUAAUCUUCCUUUUUCUUGUUUCUGUUUUUCUUUCUGUCUGUCCCCCUGUCUGUCUUUCUUUCUUUCUUUCUUUCUUUCUUUCUUUCUUUCAAAUCUCUUCCAUUCUUCCUAUCCAAUAUUCAUCAAAUUUUUUUUCCUCUGGUGACUGCAUCUUUUUCCUGUCCUUUAUUUUAUUCAUUAAAUCAUUUUUAUUAAUUCCUCUUUCAUUCCUCUCUCUCUCUCUCUCUCUCUCUCUCUCUCUCUCUCUCUCUCUCUCUCUAACUCUCAAACGCAUUAAUAUUUUUUUUUUAUUUUUCUUACUUUUCUUUUUUAAUUAUUCGCUUAAUAUUUCUCUCUACUAA